UGUACACUGAAAUGCACUCGUACUUUUUUCAAGUGAAUCUUUUUAGAUUAGAGUAUAUAAAUGAGCACUUUUACUACUAGCAGUAUCGAGCAAGAAUGGCUACCAACGCGGUCUACUCAUAUUUGACAAUAGGGUUACUACUAGCCACAGGUUUAGCUCAUGGCUGGGUACGUGAAGAUUUUGUUAGCCACGUUUCGUCUCUAACUGAUGGUCAUGGCCUCGGCAUCUAUGAUGGCAGCAAGACGACCAUUCAAAAGCACCCAUACAUGGUGAGCCUUAUGGUCGGCAAUCAGUUCCAGUGUGCUGGGGCAAUAGUCAGCCCGAGUUGGGCGAUUACGACGGGCGAUUGCGCACAGCAAGUCAAUACGACAGCGGUUGUAUUGGCGGGCAGCAACGAUGGAGUCAAGGGAGUAUCAUACAACGUCAAGAGUGUAGUGUUACACCCGAGCUACGGCCAGACCUAUUUCGACUACGACUACGGCUGUGUCCAAAUCAGUGGGAAAUUCAAAUGGUCCUCCAAAACAAAACCUGUAAAACUUCCGAAGAAGGAUCCCAAAGGAAAUACUCCUGUCAUUGUUACAGGCUGGGGCAGUCAAACGUACGGUGACGCCAGCAACGGGCAGAUGCUUCAGGGAACCAUGCAAUGGUUACCAAAGAAGAAAUGCGCAUCCUUUUAUGCUAACUACGGUCUCGGCUGGACUUCCAGGAUGGCUUGUACCUACAAUAAGGGCAAAACCACUCUUUGCUCUGGGGACUUCAGUGACCCAUUCGUACAGAAGGGUGUGGUAGUCGGUCUGUUUGUGACCACGCUCCAGGACGAGUUCUGUACCAAGAUUGUCCCAUCUGAUUGUUUUAGGGAGACUUCAGUGACCCGUUCGUACAGAAGGGUGUGGUAGUCGGUCGGUUUGUGACCACGCUCCAGGACGAGUUCUGCACCAAGAUUGUCCCAUCUGAUUGUUUUAGGGAGACUUCAGUGACCCGUUCGUACAGAAGUGUGUGGUAGUCGGUCUGUUUGUGACCACGCUCCAUGACGAGUUCUGUACAAAGAUUAUCCCAUCUGAUUGCUUUAGGGAGACUUCAGUGACCCGUUCGUACAGAAGGGUGUGGUAGUCGGUCUGUUUGUGACCACGCUCCAGGACGAGUUCUGUACCAAGAUUGUCCCAUCUGAUUGUUUUAAGGAGACUUCAGUGACCCGUUCGUACAGAAGGGCGAGGCAGUCGGUCGGUUUGUGACCACGCUCCAGGACGAGUUCUGCACCAAGAUUGUCCCAUCUGAUUGUUUUAGGGAGACUUCAGUGACCCGUUCGUACAGAAGUGUGUGGUAGUCGGUCUGUUUGUGACCACGCUCCAUGACGAGUUCUGUACAAAGAUUAUCCCAUCUGAUUGCUUUAGGGAGACUUCAGUGACCCGUUCGUACAGAAGGGUGUGGUAGUCGGUCUGUUUGUGACCACGCUCCAGGACGAGUUCUGUACCAAGAUUGUCCCAUCUGAUUGUUUUAAGGAGACUUCAGUGACCCGUUCGUACAGAAGGGCGAGGCAGUCGGUUUGUUUGUGACCACGCUCCAGGACGAGUUCUGUACAAAGAUUAUCCCAUCUGAUUGCUUUAGGGAGACUUCAGUGACCCGUUCGUACAGAAGGGUGUGGUAGUCGGUCGGUUUGUGACCACGCUCCAGGACGAGUUCUGCACCAAGAUUGUCCCAUCUGAUUGUUUUAGGGAGACUUCAGUGACCCGUUCGUACAGAAGUGUGUGGUAGUCGGUCUGUUUGUGACCACGCUCCAUGACGAGUUCUGUACAAAGAUUAUCCCAUCUGAUUGCUUUAGGGAGACUUCAGUGACCCGUUCGUACAGAAGGGUGUAGUAGUCGGUCGGUUUGUGACCACGCUCCAGAACGAGUUCUGCACCAAGAUUGU